AUGACCAAAUAUACAAAAGACAAAGUCAAACCAAUAAGAUCUGACUACAUCUCUUCCAUAUCCUCAAACUUCAAACUAGAAGUCGUCCAACAACCUAUCCAGGCGAGAGUCUGUGAAAAGACUAUAACUGCUGCCAGUAGCAGAAGAUUGGUCGAUCCUCCUCCUGUAGUCAAAGUCUCUCUCCUAGAUGAAAAUGGCAAGGACAUCAUUGGCCAAUGUCUCGACACUCUCUUUGUCGUUGCAAGUAUAGAAAGACUACCAAACUCUUAUAACUCAGAUUACGACUCAGAUUCUGAUUACGAAGACAGCAUCAUCAUCAACAACAACCAUAAUCAUAAUCAUAAUCAUAACCACAAUAAUAUCGAUAUCGAUAAUGACAACUAUAACGACAACUAUAACGAUAACGACAAUGACAAUGACAAUGACAAUGACAAUGACAACGAAAUGGAAAACGAAAAUGAUAUUAAACUAAAUAACGAUAUCGACAGCGAUGAGUACGAAAACAUAGAUACUGAAAUCAUCAAAUCUUCCAAUAUCUUAAAAAACUACAACCAAAACACCUCUCAAACACCCACAAUCAAAAGAAAAAGACAACUAAAAAGAAUAAAGGAACUAGAAUCAAAAAACCUAACCAGCAGUGACAUGCUCUGUGGAACAACUGUUCUAACUGUCCAAUACCUCAAAGGUGAUCCAAAACUACAAGCUCUAGUCGUCUUUACAAAUCUAUCUGUCAAAUACGAAGGCAACUACAAACUCUGCUUUAGCCUAUACAUCAUUCAAACAAUGGGCAAUUCUUCUCCAGCUGCAUCUUUUCUUGCUCAAAACCAACAACCAACAAAAUUACCUUCUUCUGCCACCUUAAUGGCCAUUAAUGUCACUCCUCACUGUAUAACAACUGUUAAGUCCGACACUUUUGUCGUCUCAACUGCCAAACAUUUUAAAGGCUUAUCUGUCAGUCCUGCUUUUCACCACACCUUAAAGGGCUUUGGUGUCAAAAUUAGAACUAGAAAGAAAAUCAAACAACAAAAAUUCAGAAAAAUUGCCAAUAACGACAACGAUAAUGAUAAUUAUAAUAAUACCGAUGCCAGCGAGACCAAUAAGGAUGAUCUUAAUAAAAAAUUUAACAAUUUUGAUAACAACAACAACAAUAAUAAUAACAACAACAACAACAGCAAUAAUAAUUAUAAUAAUAAUUAUAUUGAAAAUUUUAAUGGAGAAUUUGUGAAAAGUGGCUCACCAAAAGAUGAUUAUCCUUCACCAAUCUAUUAUUCUCAAAAUGAAGAACAAAAUGAAAUUAUAUCAACUAAUUUUUUCAACCAAGAAGCUUCGUUAAAUUCUUUAAACAAAAUAAAGGCCUAUUCGACAUCUGACAUUCCUCAAAUCAAGAUUUUAGAAGAAAAACAGAGAUCUGCAUCCUCUGAAGCUGCCUUUUUCUCAAACGAGUUUAAUUUUGAGUUUCCUUAUCCCAACGAUUUAACUCCAACAUUAACAGAAUUUAAAAUCAACCUACAAGAUAAUGAAAGCAUAGCUAGCUCAUCCAACAAUAAUUCAAAUACUCCAAAUAACUACUUGAACAAUGAUGACCCAUCUCAAUUGAAUAACUUUAUAAACCCCAAUGAGUUAUCCAACGUUGCCCAUAAAGAUAAAAACUCAUCAAUUGAUCCAAUUCUUGAUCUUACAAGCAUUCCACUAGAUUUAAAUAACGACAAUUUAUCAUCCAUUUCAUCAAUAUCAUUGUCCAACCAUAAUUUUUCUGAAAAUAAAUUAUUAAGUUCAUCUAUAAAUACAGAAUUACUUAAAAACAGUAAUUCCAAGAACAGUAGCAUCGAAAAUAUUGGCAAUAAUAGCCCUACUUCUGUUGGAAAUAUACAUAAUCCUAGAAUUAGUGCUAGCAGUAUUACUUCUACUACCACUAAUCACAUUUCUAUAAAGAACGAUCAAGUUGGUAAUAUGAUAAGUCAUAUUGAACAUGAUCCAAAUCAUAUUGAACAUGAUCCAAAUAAUAGUUUGAUGGUAAAUCUUUACAAUAACUUGAAUUUUUCGUUAGACACUUCUAGCCAUGCUCAGAUCCAAGCCCAGUUACAAGCCCAGGCACAAGCUCAAGUGCAGGCUCAGGUACAGGCUCAGGUCCAUGCUCAGGCUCAGGCUCAGGCUCAAUUGACCUCCUCCUUCUCAUCAUCACAAAAUCAAACCCGGAAUCAGAAUCAGAAUCAAAAUCAAAAUCAAACAUCUAGUUCGAUUCAAGGAAAUUCAAUUAAUAUUCAGGCACCAUCAAUAAAUUCUAGUACAAAUAAUAUUAAUAGUACAAAUAAUUAUAUUCAGACAUCGAUAAAUGCAUUGCAAUCGUUUAAUAACUUACCAACAUCACGUAUAUCAAUGCUUGAUGGAACUGGUAUUAAUCAAUUUGGACCCAAAUUUAUUCCAAUAUUUGCUCAGCCUGCCCAACCACAUUUAUUAACCCAACAUAAUUUAUUUUUAGCCAAUUUGAAUCCAAUAAAUUACUUUACAUUUCCAAUGGUUAAUAUGCUUCAAGGGAAUAUUGGUGAUUUGAAUGUUAAUGUGAAUCCAUCAAUUUUAAAUUUUGGGAUUCCAUUAGGAGUUGAUUCUCACUAUAUGGAUGAAAACAACUUCAAUAAUUAUCAAUUUCCUCAAACUAAUUAA